ACUUGAACACGUGGUACCUGCAAACAUCCGGUUUUCAGAAAAUGGAAAUAAGAUUGCAAAAAUGUUUUGACACGCAGCUUUGACGCACGGAUUCUUGCUUAACUAUGGAGGCAGGCAGCCUUGUCUCAUACCGAGAGGACAUUUCUACACUGUUCCCAGAGCAAACGCCGGGUGAAAAAUAUAAAGAAUUAAGCAGCCAGUUCCACACCGUCAGACAAGUGCGCGGAGAUGGAAACUGCUUCUACAGAGCCCUCUUCUUUUCAUACUUGGAGACAGUCUUACACAAUCCCAGGGCUCUACAGAGAUUUAAGGAGAAAAUUCUUCAAACCAGUGAAGAUUUCUCUACUGCGGGAUUUGAUGAGAGUUCCUUCAAGCACCACCUGAAUACAGUUGUUAUUGUUCUGGAGCAGUGUCAGGCUGAUGAGCACGAAGAGACACUGCUCAGGCUCUUCAAUGAGCAGAGGACAUCCGACAGUGUGGUGCAGUAUCUCCGGCUGCUCACCUCAGCACACCUUCAAAACCAGGCAGAAUUCUUCUGCAACUUUGUAGAGGCGCCCAAUCUUCUAGUCUACUGUCAUCAGGAAGUGGAGGCCAUGGCGAUGGAGUGUGAUCAUGUGGACAUCUUAGCGCUGUCACAGGCUCUGGAUAUUUGCAUCCACAUCGUCUCCAUGGAGGGUGAUGAGCAGCAGCUGUCUCACCACGUCAUUCCAGAGGGUGCCGAACCCUCCCUGCACCUCCUCUACCAGACGUCACAUUAUAACAUUCUGUACCCGCGACUACAACACUGACCAGAGAUCCACGUGGACUCAGCUUAACUCAGGAAUAUUGACUUCGGUUCAAUAAAUCCCAAGUGGGCUUAAGGACACUUUAGAAAACAGAUUUUUAUAUAGUCUUGCAGUGUACAGCGAUUUAACAUUUAGAAAUACAUGUUUUUUUUGCACACUGUGCAGUAAGUAUUUAAAGUUACAAUCUCGAAGAUCUCUGUGCUCUUUUUGGCAGCAUUUAUUGCGGUAAACUCCAAUUGUAGGUCUUUUUUAAAAAUUCUCCCUUCCCAGACACGGCGCUGAUGAACUCAGUGUCCGCAUCGAGUCGCCAUAGACACUGAAUUCCUAAAAUUGCAAGAGCUUUCAUUAGUGGGUCAAAGGCUUUACCACCAUUGUGUUAUCUCCUUCUCUACAAUAGUGUUAAACAACAUUUUUUUUCAUGAAAAUCUUCGAAAACAUUACUUUAAAUGAACUGAAAUUAAUUUAUGUAAACAAUUACAUAAAUACACAUUCCAUUAACACGUCACUGCUGCUGCUUUUCUUUCUUCUGCUUUUUCUGCUGUUGUUGAACACCUUUCUUUAACUUGAGUUCCUCCUGCUCUGAAACCCUGUUAAGGGCACUUUCCUUUCCAACUCGAUGCAUGUUAGCCAGUGAGAGCUUUCCCAUUUGAGUGGGGUACUUGGUCAUAAUCUCCCUCUUGAACACAGGCUUGGAGAUCAGAUAUUUCAAAUGCUUUUUCAUCCCCUUUACCAUCUUCUGCUGAUCUCUGUCACCCUGAUCAUCCCUUGCUCCACCUGUAGACAAAGAUGGCAUAUUCAGUUGUCUGUAUUUAAACAUUUUUAAAUAAAGGGAACCUGUCACAAAA